CGUGUCGGUCGGAUCGCUUCGUGUUCGCCGCGCAAGAAGCCGUCCGUCCUUUUGGUGCACAUGCUCACCUGCGCUGCGUGCUGUCGUGCCGCUGACUCGCGUGUACGAUGCACUUUUCGCUAGCAACCGACGCAAGAAGGCCACGUGCGCACCUUUUGUGACAUGCAUUCGGCGCCCGCCAGUUCUACUUGCUCUCGUUGAGACUGCGUUCGUUCGCAUUUUACCCGCGUGCAAUUUGUGGAUUUGCAGUGACAAUCAAUCACCACGCUCGCCCCGCGGCUGUUUUCAGGUGCCAAAUUACAGCCUAUGGUGCAAGUGUGGAGAACGUUUGUGAAAAUUAGGGACAUCUGCAGGAACUUGAUGAAAAAGGGAACAAGAGUUUACUGACGGAGUGCUUUUGCAGUAGAGUGGCAAAGAUUACGGCGUGGAUACCACGGGCUUCUACUGUGGGGCCACCGCGGGGCCCGGCGGCGGGGCCUCAUUUGAUCCUGCUGCCAACAGCUUCAAUAUGAUGGCAUUUUUGGAUGAUUACCUGGAGGGCGAAGGAACGACGCCGCCCAUGCAGGAGUUGUCUCAAAGCGACCUCAACAGUUUGCCCAACGUGGACGCGGACAGCACAGCAUUCGAGCUUGACCUCCUUUUCUCCGACUUUCCUUCCAAUGAGAAGGAGGAGAACAACAAUGGCACAGCAGACAGCAUAGACGUAAAGCACACGCUGACAUCUCUGACUGCCAGCAUUAUCAGCGACCCCAUGAGCACUCCUUCCCUGGCAUCAAAUGCACUGGCACAAAGGAAAAUGAACGUCGCGACAGCUAAUCCGCUCUUAGCAGGCAAGCUGGCGACACCACUACCUACUCCCGUACCUUCUUUCUCGUCAAAUGCACCUCACCUCGAGUUCAAAACUGAGUUCAAGCAGGAGUUUCCUCUCAAGACAAAAUUCAAAACGGAGCCAGGCACUGUGGACACAACUCAUGGAUCACUGUUGGGUGCCGACGACACAGACACCGACGAUGAUGGUCCAGCCACGUCGGUCGCCUCCCUGCCGCCUCCGCAGCUGAAGCAGCCGUCCUCCGUCCUUCUUCACAACAUUCUCAGCCUGCAGCCGAGCAGUCUGCAGCAUCCCCAUCGGGCCGCCGGCUUCAGCUCCAGUUCCACUGGUUCCCUCCCACCCUCCCCCGCCGACAGCGGUGUGUCCGACGUGGACAGCAGCAGCAGCGGCCACACGGACGAGCUGAGGGCUAGACUGCAGCUCCCCAUCAAUGGUGCGGCCGGCGGCGACAACGCUCUGGUGCAGCAACAGCAACAGCUGCUGCAACAACACAACUCGUACUACCAGCAUUUAUCGACGCCUUCCCACUUGCCACAGCACGCCGCCUACUACAACCCCAGACAACCCUCCAGCAAUGGUGCGGACCUGUACGCAGGUGCAUCAUCAAGCUACAUGCAGCAGCAACAGCAGCAGCAGCACUACCUGGGUUUGGGCUCGUACGGCGGCGGCAUGAUGACGUCAACGUCACCGCCGAUGCACCUCGGCCAGCAAGGCAUGGUGAAGCAGGAGCACUCGCCGCUGGGCCUGCAGGUGGGACAUUCGGCCGGCUCGCCCAACGGCGCCGACCACUACUUGAUGAAUCUCGGCUUCCACGCCAAGGCCAAGAAGAAGCUGAAGAAGCCGCGCGGACCGGGCACCGGCCUGCCCGGAGACACCAGCGUCAAGCGGAAAAGCAGAGAAGGCUCUACGACGUACCUGUGGGAGUUCUUGCUCAAACUCUUGCAGGACCGCGAGUACUGCCCGAGGUAUAUCAAGUGGACGAACAGAGAGCGCGGCGUCUUCAAGCUGGUCGACUCCAAAGCCGUAUCUCGGCUCUGGGGCCAACACAAGAACAAACCAGACAUGAACUACGAAACCAUGGGACGAGCUCUUAGAUAUUACUAUCAACGAGGCAUCCUCGCCAAGGUGGACGGCCAGCGGCUGGUGUACCAGUUUGUGGACGUGCCACGGGACAUCAUCGAAAUUGACUGCAGUGGUGUUUAAUCAGCCCAGUUGCUAAGGACACGUGCAUGUGUUUGUGUGUGUGUGUGUGUGUGACGAACUCCCCUCUGUGCGCGAGAGACCCACGAACACUCGAGACAAUAUUAUGUUACGUAUCUAACUCACACACCCAUCGAGGACGCAAAUUCCGUCAAUUUCUUCGACGAGAGGAAAGAAAAGAAAGAAUUAAUUAUGUUUCCCCCCAGCAAGAUAUGCAAAUCUACAGAGAAAUACAUAUAGUUAGUGUCUGCUCUAGCAAAGUAAAAUGCUGCUCUCUAACCGCCGUGUUGCUGUUCAUUCACUUCUGAGUCGGGUGGAUUCCGCAAACUACUACUUUACCAGUUGUCUAAAGAAAGUAAGAAAGAAAGAAAGCUGUUUUUCUGGCGUCAGUGUUUUAGCAGAAAAGGAUGGUUUUACAAAAUAGACGAAAAAUCUGCUUGCUCACAAGCGUGUCCGUGAUAUGAAAUCAUAAAUGAAAUGUUGCAUCAAACAAACAAACAAACAGUUUAACUAUAUAUAUUUUUAUGCACAAUUACGAUAGAUAAUAUAUUAAAUUAAAACCAGGGUGGGGCUAUUUUAAUUACUUAACUGAGACGAACAGCUGAUUAACACUUUUUCCCUGUCGUGCGUUGCGUGCUUGCCGCCUGUAUGAGAAUCUGUCUGCUGUAUUUUAUUUUUCCGGUGUGAGCAUCCAUAAAUGGGAAUCAAUUGUUGCUGCGGCAAUUUUUCAACUCUUAACAGAAAGAAACUCCUUCUGAUCCACCACUGCAGAGCAACUGAACCCUUAGUGUCCAAGUAGAGCAAACAUUUUUCUGGAUUAAUGUCGACUUUUAAGCUUCUUCUCUACUAUAUCUAUUAUUGUAUCAUAGCGUUUACAUAUUAAGUAGGGUGUAAGCACAAAAUGCAUCUCUCACGCUGUACUAAGAACGAACAUCUAUGUUAUUGUGUGAAUUUUGGCCAAUUGCGAGAAAACAAGAGGGAUUCAAGAGCCGUCUGAUUCGUUCAAUAUUGAUGUUUCAAUGCAUGUAUUUUUGGAAGUUUUUCUGUCCGCACUCUACUGGCGAUCGGAUUUAUGAAACAGAAUCAAAGCGAUUUUCAGUCCCAGUAAUUUUGCUUCGAGAUUUGAGUUACUGUUUUUGCCUUUGGUCAAACGCAAAGAGAGUUAGUUGUGCACGAAAAAUCAGACAAGGGAAGGUCGAUCUCAGGUAAUAUUAAAGUUGGAGAACAAUUUGAGAGACAAAAACCAGCGCGAAAAGUGUUAAUAAAACUAGUUGACAAAUUUUGCGGUCCAAAAAGUUGUACAUAAAAGAAAAACGAUUAAAAAUUAGCAGAAAAAGAGUUGAAAAUAUUAAAGUGAUACAAUGUACAGAGAGUUUGUAUUUUUUGAAUAAAUUAGAGGUUAACGAUUUAUUAUUGUAAAAAUUGUAUAAAUUGAGAAGAGGCGUUGCAAAAUGUAUCAGAACUCGAAAUGAUACUUAUUUAUAUUUUUUGUCAAAGGACGCAAACUCCUGAGAAAAAAAUCGACACUUGAUCGGCUGUUGCAUAUUAAAUUUAUGAAUAGAGCAGUUAAAAGAAAACUUUUAAAGUAUCUAUAGAUUGUAAUUUUCCCAUGACAGAGAGAGUACACUUAGUGGACGAUAUUUUUGCCUCGCUGAAGAGGUGAACUUCUGUUUCUUUGCUAUUUUUCCUUUAGUUGGAAAACACUCAUAGGGACCACCAUUAUUCUAUCUUAUUUUGAAGCAGGAAAAAUUUCCAAUAAAUCUCAGACACAAGUUUAAAAAAAGAAAAGAAAAUGUAUUCAAGUACAUGAUUAGUUGUCCAAGGUUGUACUUACACGGUGUUAUACAUGGUGAAAAUUGUGAUUUCGCUGAUGUUUAUUUGUAAAAAAGAGAAAAAUGUGAAAACCGACACUUGAUAUUUAAUUGUAAUGUUUUGGACUUCAAUGAGAAAACAACAAUAAAAUAGUCAGUUGUAUCUGCUCAAAUAAAA